AGUGACGUCAUGCGUUUAGCCUUAUUGGCGGUAAGUCCGGUCCGCCAUGUUUACAUCCUAACCACGCCUCUGUUUUUGUUUACACCUCGUCGUUCGGUGCAAUGUGGAAAAGGUCCUUCCAGCAUUGCAUCGAAGAAACGACAAGGCGACUCCUUGUUUUCUUCUGAGCCUGAACAUGAAGCCUCCAUGUUGUUGACGACGGCAGAAGCCAGCAUUUGUAACCCGUGAAGUCUGCAGUCAGUCAGCCCACACCAUGGCUGUCAUGGGGCGAAAUGGAUUGCUGUUGUUGGCGGCCUUUGUCACCAUCUCCUCAGCUGUUGGUCCACAACACGUUUGUCCCACCAAACCGGACGUCAACUCCACUUUACAGAUCCUGUACGAGGACAAGAUGGUUCCCAACGACCAGGUUCCCGAGAUGUCUCUGAUAUAUCCACCAAACAUCACAUGGCCCGAUUGGUCCAGCACUGCAAGCAAUGAUUACAAGCUGUUUAUGCUGGAUCCUGACAUAUCAUGCAAGCGCCGCAUGACCGAUGUGUGCUACCUCCAUGGGUUGGUGGAGCUCAAUAUCACAAGUGCUGACAAUGUGGUGAGAACAAAAACAUUCGAUGAUGGAGAGUAUGCAUCACCCUCGCCGCUCCCAAACGAUACACACCGCUACCAGUUUCAUCUACAUCGUGUCAAAGAGAAAUUGAACAGUUUCGUUCUUCCAACCACCAGUCAGCAAGAGGUCAGUGUGGACAACAUCAAAACGAUCUUCAGAUUUCCCGACACGCUCACUGCGUCUUUUCAGUAUAAGUACGAGCAACCCAAAGCUGCUUUGAACAAAUCUCCAAGCGAGGACAAAAUAAAGUACGCAGCCCAGCGGGGCCUACUUUUGUGGGAAUUCCUGAGUAUAGUAUUUAUAAAAUGUUUCAUAGAACUAUUACUUUACUUUAAAAAAACCUCUCGAGAUACGUAUACAUACACAUAUAUAAAUAAAUAAAUAUUUGUUGACUAAAAUUCCUACAUCAACCACGCAGUUUUUUUGCAUUUUUAAGCGUUUUUUUUUUUAAAUCAAAAAGAUCAAGAUUUGUUGUAUAUUUUGCAACACCACGAUGAACUGGCAUGGUCACAUUAUUCCUACAACUAAUCGCCGUAUCUCGCAGCAGCAGACUGUAGUCAGAUGAGAGACGAAGCUUGGUUUCUUUAAAGUCUAGGCAGGUGAACUUUUAUUUUUUUGCGCAAAAAUAAAUACACACGAAACAGGA